UCCAAUGCGUCGUCUAUGCGUGGCAGUGGAUAGACAUCCUUCUUUGUAAUUUUGUUUAGAUGGCGGUAAUAUAUACAGAAUCACCAGCUGUAGUCCUUUUCUAUUACAAAUACAACAGGAGCAGCCCACCGGUUCGACGAUGGUUCAAUAAUGCCCUUGGCGAAAUGCAUCUUCGAUCUACUUGGUGUGCAAUUCUUCUUCUGACCAUUGGUGUUCACGGGCACACCACUGUUACCAACUUCACUGAGGCGAGUUACGACAUGGGUGAAGAAGCGCAGAAAAUUGGUCAAGUUAUGAAAGAGUUCAGUAAAAGGAUGAUGGUCGUCCUUCGAAACCAGUCAAACGUUGACGAUGAGGUGCUGUGUGGCAAGUAUAAGGACAUCAUUUCCGAGGCCCUCGACGCUGUGAAAGACCUAGAUCCCUUCGAACCUGGAAAGAUGCAGCUGGCGCGCGACGCCAUAGAAGCCAUCCUUCUAAGAAAUCAAAACAGGACUGCCUUCGAGGACAUGAACCUUUUCGGUGCUUUCAUGAAGGUUCUCGGAGAUGACAUCACUGACAUCGGCCAGGAGUUUAUCGACCGAGGCAUCCAACUGUGCGGAAACAUUGUAAUCGAAAAUGGGCUGACAGACUUUGAGAAGAACAACUUUGAGUACUGCGCCAACGUUUUCAAGCUGAGCUCAAUGCAAAACUGGAAAGAAUAAAGUGCAUCUUAAUGGGUCAAAUCGAAUAAAGUACUACAAGGAUGUACCGCCACUGAGCGAAAAACAUCA